CUUUGACCUACAUUUUAGUUCAAUUAAAUUAUUUCAUUCUCGCGUGAUCGCGGGACAUAUACUUAAUCAAAAUAAUGCAAAACAACAAGAAUUAUUGAUGCAAUUAAGUAUUUAUCGUUCUUAAAAGAUAACCGGACAAAAGACGUUUCAAUAAAGGUACGUAAAUGCGAUCGAUAACAGCUGAUUACGAAUGCCAUCGUACGAUGUGACAUUGACAGUUAACAUCCAAAACAAUAAAUUACAGUGAUGUGUAAGGGGUUCUAGCCAGUUUUCCACCGCACGAAAAUGCUGUUCAAGUCGCGAAUAUCCAUCAUAAAAUCCCUGGGACUACGUUACUCCAGCCUGUACGCGCCGGAGUUCAUUUUCAGUAACGAAAACGUGAAAAAAACGGUGGCCAAAUUCGCCAGUUUGAAGCCGAUAAGGAUGAUCGCUCACCAGCCGAACAAGCGCGCAGGCGUGCUCAUUCCUCUGUGCGUCGUCGACGGUAAGGUGGCGCUACUGUACACUCUUCGCGCGGCAAAUUUGAAAUCCCACCGAGGCCAGGUCAGUUUUCCAGGCGGUAUGCAGGAUGUUAGCGAUAAGAAUUUAGAAGAAACGGCUUUAAGGGAGACUGAAGAGGAGCUAGGCAUUAAGGAACACGACAUAGAAAUAUGGGGGAGUGGUAAUGUGAUAGUAACUAAACGUGAAACCUGCGUAACGCCAGUAAUUGGAAGAAUUAAAGGAAAUUUCGAUAUGGACAGCCUAAAAGUAAACCCUUCAGAAGUCGAAGAAGUAUUCACCGUAUUCCUUGAAGAUCUCUGUAAGCCGGAAAACAUAGGGUACACUCAGUUUCGCGGGGGAUUCACCUCGAUGCCUGUUUUUACCGGGGGUAAACUCAGGAUCUGGGGAUUGACAGCUGUCAUGACGUACAGGCUGCUGAGCAGUUUGUUGCCUCAGAAGGCGUACUGUCACGCGAUCAAAUAUAUCACGCCUGUCAAAAAUAAACAGAGUAGACUAUAGGGAUGAUGUCCUAAAGUAUUUUGAGUAUUAUACAAAUAAUUCUUCUCCUUGUACCUCUGUGCUGUUUUUGACAAUCUUAAAUUUUUGUUCGAAUAUAUACAUAUACUUACCUAAUACAUGAAAUUUUGACCAAAAGGUGAAUCAAAAAAAAUAAAAUAAACCGUGAUAUGUGAUAUAUUAUACAUGUCGUGUACAAAUAUUUAUUCCUAUAUUUUUACAAUAAUGUUAACGUUUCUUCAUAAAUCUCUUACAAUAAAUAUUAUUGUAAAGUAUCUAGAUAUGUCUGUUUUAAAUUAUUUUCCUUGUUUUUUAUAUAAAAAAAUCAAAGGUAUCAGUGUUGUGGUUAGAUAUAUUUGGUUGUUUUGUUUUGGAUAUUUUAUAUGGAAAAUUAUUUAAAUUUUUUAAUAAAAUGAACAUUGAUC